CAAAAGCUUCCAAAGAAUAUGAAUGAGCGGCUAACUCUUAUUUCCACCAGAGGGCAUCCCUCUGUCCUCAUGGACCCACAUCAAGCCUCCUUUUGCAGCCUCUGAUUUUAUUUCAUCUCUAGGCAGCUGUGCAAAAGCAUCUCUGUGUGGCAUAGGCAGGCAGCAGCUGCCAGGCAGGUACCAGGCUUGGCUGUGUGCUGCUCUGCGUGUCUUUGAUUUAACCUCCUGCCACCCACAUGUCAUCAUUUCUCUUUCAAAGGAUGGGUUCUGGCUUCCCAGCAACCUGCGUUCUCUAGAAAUACUCUUCUUUGGGGAAUCCUGACGAUUUACAAAACAAAAAGAAAAGAAAACAGAGUGGAGGAACGGAUUUAAAAACUAAAGCAAGGGGGUAAGGAUGGAAAAGGAGAUCAAAGCAUCCACCCAAUACGGAUCUGUGGAAUCAACCAAGUGGAGAGCAGCAGAUAUGGAAAAAGAGGAUGAAAUUGUGUCCAUGGCCGACUCCACAACUACCAUUGAUGACAUUGAAGGAGAGCUUUUCAAAAUUGAGAGGAUCCGUGAAGUCCUGGUGCGGAGGGAGUCUGAACUCAGAUAUAUGAUGGAUGACAUUCAGCUUUGUAAGGAAAUCAGCAGAUUGAAAAAGGAGCUGCAGAAGCUGAUUGCCCUUCCAGAGAAUAAAAAAUCAAAAGAAAAGAAGCAGCGUGAGGAAGAGUUAGUGCAGCAGAUUCACAAACUGGUGGAAACCCGUGAUUUCCUUGUGGAUGAUGUGGAGUUUGAAAGGCUCAGAGAACGUGAAGAAGACAAGGAAAUGGCAGAGUUUUUGAAGAACAAGCUCUCCAAUACUUCCCCCUUGAGAACAGCUCCUGCAAAAGACAAGAAGAUGACAUCAAGAGGGCAGCAAACCUCUUCACCCUAUGUGACAAAGACAGGCCUGACCCUCCUAAAGGAAUGCUGUGGCUUCACCUGCUCAGUCAUGUAGGCUCUGGGACUGGUUCCAAUACACACACUCCCUUCCAACAGGAGAUACAUUCAGGGGUCAUAAGCCCUGUCCACCUCCAAGUCAACUGGAUCCAUUCAAAUCAUAGCAGAUGCACAAGCCUCUGGAAUAGAGAUGAGGGAUUCUCUUCGUUGCAGAAUGUUGUUGUGGAAACUGAGGUGCUCCCAAGGAAGCCACCGGUUGCCCCAAGUCAGAAACACCAGCUCAUCUGUUUGUGACAAACAGCCUGCACAGUCCAGACCACAGUGGAUGAGAAAAGGGACACAGAUUUAAAACUACUGCAUUUUCUCCCUCCCCUCCCCGCCACCACAAUGCAACAAGCAAUAUUAUGCUUGUCCCCAAAAUCAGGACGCUGUUUGCAGAUUUGUGGCAAAUCAAAAAUGGUAAAGCAGGGUAGAGUCAGUGGAAUGCAAGUAAAAUAUUAGUCACAAUGGACUUCCUUCCUUUCUUCCUCCCCCACCCCCUCCAAAGACACCUGCAGAAGAACGAAGUCUUUCUGUCUUUACCCUAAUGAUCUAGAAUCAGGAAGAAUCAGCUGAGCUACUCCCACUGCUACUGCGCCAUAACAAGGAAUGCUACUCCUCUUAAUUUCUUCCCUGGUUAGCACUUUACCUCCAAAUUGCAUGAUCCAGUGAAGUUUCCUAGCAACUGUAGGCCACAGAGUCUCUGGCGAUGCCCUUUCAAGGGCAAAAUGUCAGCGCCCUGUUUGAGUGACAGCGCUAUUCUUAUGUUCUUACUAGCAGAGAUUCCUUUCCGAGAUCAGGUCUGCAUUCUUGUUCUGUUUACUACAAAAAUAGGUGACUAAUUAAGGGUUCUGUUAUAUCUGAAGAUUUUGCAAUACGUGUGGAAAUGGUUGAAAGGAAUAUAUGAGAACACAGUUGUAUAUGAAAGCACAGGGUUCUGUUCUGCUGUAUAUCUGGCAAUCUCACAAUUGCUCCAUUGGGAAAAGGAGACAAUUUCAUAAUCUUUACACAUGGUUAGCUUUAUGUCAGUCAGAGCACCCAGAAUUUAUGGAUUACCCAGUUCAAAUCAUCCUUAGCAGCAUGUACUGUCUUCUCUUUAAAAACCUCUGUGGAAAUUUUCCUCCAUACCCUCUGUACUCUUUUUUUCCCCAGUAAUUUAAAAAGAAGAAGAAAGGAAACUAUCCCUAGCAUAAAAUUAAAAACGCCUACAAUCUGCAUCCAUUGUUUCUCACCUUCACCAUGCCUGAUAGUAAGAUGCUGCUUUUCUUCUACUUUAUGUUAGCCUUUUAUUUAUUAGUUGAAAACUGCUGUUAUACCUUUCUGUCCAGUCCUUUCAUGCCUCAGCCCCUCCUCCUCAGGCAAAUCACACUGUUGCCAACAGAAGCUGGGCCAGGACAUCUUCACACUCUUCAGAUGCAAACCGAGACCGAACACCUCAGGAAGCAGAGAAAGAUUCGGGGGAUCCUCUUCUCCACAUCCCUUUCCCACAGGUAUCCGCCAGGCAAACCUGGAGCUUCAGACUUUAUCCGUGGCUCAUGUUCCAUCCAACACUAAGACUGUCAAGGACCUGUGUCCCAAAUGGCAGGGACAGACAAGGCCAAAAGGUAAACUGGAGCUGAGAAAGUCUGCCCAGUUGUACAACUGGAGUAAAACAGUACAGAAUUGCUGUGUAUUGAUUUGCCAGUUCCUCAGAAUAGCCACCUGUAAGAUUCUUGGGAUUGAGGGAUCUGUUGGGAUCUCUUGCUGGCCCAAGCUUGGAGGUGGCUGAGGGCGAUCCAACUCUAAAGAUCAUGGCUAGGAAGAAAGGAUGUCUCACAUUUGUCUGAAAAGCAAUGACUAAUAGGCACUGACAUGGGCGCAGGAUAUCAUUUUAAAAACACCAGCCUCUUCACAAAUUGGAUUCAAGCCCAGAGGGCUAAUGCAGAUCAAAGGCUUAGAUUUAUUUAUUUUUUAAAAAACUGUUUUAAUGGCUUCACACUCUGGUUAGGAAAGAAAAUGAAAAUCACAGCUGCAAGAAGUGAAUGACACAGUGGCCAGGCUAGAUGAAGUGGAAGUGAUUAGAACUGGAGAGAAGGGAGAGAAACUGAUGACAAUAAUAAUAUACUUAGAACUGUAAAGCUGGAAGGGACCCCAUGGAUCAUCGAGUCCAGCCCCUAUCAUGGAGGCACAGGGGGGAAUUGAACUCCCAACCUUUGGUUCCACAACCAGAGACCUAAACCACUGAAGUAGCCAAGAGGGGCAAGAUGCUAGCAUUGUGUGGGCAGAUUUUGCACACACUGUACUUGCACGCACACAAACAGAAUCAGCUCUAGUGCCUUCUAAACAGGAGGGGAAAGGCACUUCAGCCUAAAAUUAAGUACACCUUCCUGGCUCAUACACCUUUUAAAGGCCUUACUGUUUUUCAGGUCUGUGAUUUUCUCAGAGCUUGGGUUUUAUUCUACUAAUUUUGGGACUUUCUAGAGACCCCUUGAACAGUUGGGAUUCAGUGAAGUUCGACUGAAUAACUCUUGGAUUCUUAUCAACUUCUACACUUUAAUGAAAUCCCCCCACACACACACACACUAUUUUACGUUUGAAAAGCUCUGAACAUGUUGAGCUUCUAUGACCCUCAAACGAACCAUUCCAAUUUCACACUUCUACAUGAUAGUAAAAACUGAGUUGAGAUUUUCUGGAUUUGUAUCCAUCUGCACAGAAAGUAUAGGCAGUGAUCAUUGCCUCAUUGACCAUAACCACUCCCAGAAGAGAGAGACUCUCUCCAUUUCAUUUCAGUCUGACUACAUUGUUUACCAUUCUUUCUCCUCUAUGAUGCCACUUUAUGUGUGUUUGUACCUGUCUAUUGUCUAUCUGCACAUACAGACCUAUGUACACAUCUGGAAGAUACAGGAUAAAACUAAACUGACGAAGUGUGCAGCCACCUGGGAAAACUUAUGGCACAAUAAAUUUGUCAGUCUUUAGUGUGAGAGUCUGGUCUUUAUUGUUCAU